AUGGCCUCUUCAAGCUUGAAAUUCACUCCGGUGGGAGAUAUCGACGACAUCGUCGUCAAAAGCAGAAAGGCUUACGACGAAAGACAAUGGCAUUUGUAUCGAACCAAGAACCCAAGGAAGGAGGAUUUGAAAUUGAGACUUAGACAAUUGCAAAACCUGUACUACGGUAUCAAGGACCAUGAAGAGGAGAUCGUUGAGGCGCUGGAAAGCGACUUCAACCGCAGCAGGUACGAAACUUUUGUCAUCGAGUUGAUCCCGCUGUACAACCACCUUCUGCAUCUCAUCGACAACUUGCCCCGCUACAUCGAGCCCGAAAAGAUCUCCGAGUCCACCAAUUUGUUCAAAUUGAGCUCUGUCCAAGUCGAACGGAUCUCGUUGGGUUCCGUGUUGGUCAUCGCUCCCUUCAACUAUCCUGUUUUGUUGGCAUUGGAUCCAGUUGCUGCUGCAAUCGGAAGCGGAAACUCUGUAGUGUUGAAGCCCAGCGAACAAACGCCCGCGACAGCUCAGGUCAUGGAAAAGAUUUUGAAGAAAUCGGUAGACCCUUCGUGGGUCCAAGUCGUUCACGGCUCUGUGGAAGAAACCGGUAAGCUUAUUAACAACCCACAUUUUGACAAGAUUUUCUACACGGGCUCCACCAAAGUAGGCCGCAUUGUAGCCGAAGCCGCUGCCAAAAACCUUAUCCCGGUCACUUUGGAGCUUGGAGGCAAGUCCCCUGUGUUCAUAACUGAAAACUGUGCCCCAGGAAACUUGAAAACGGCGUUGAAAAGAGUCUUCUUCGGUGCCUUCAGCAACAGCGGACAAACAUGUAUCGCGUCUGAUUACUUACUGGUACACGAAUCUCAGGUUGCAAAGGUCCGGGAGCUGACCAAGGAAGUCCUCGACGAGUUCUGGCCAACUGUGAACUCCAAGACAAUCAACACCUCCAUGAUCCACGACUCGGCUUACAAGGGCGUCAUCGAAAAGCUAAAUAGCACCCGCGGUGAAAAGUUACAGCCUUCAGAUGCUAAAGAACAACUCCCCGACAGACGCAUUGUGCCCACUGUCGUCCUAGGUGUCGAUUGGGACGAUUCUCUGAUGGAGAACGAAAAUUUCGCGCCAGUUUUGCCCGUGAUCCCAUACCGCGAUCUUGACGAUGCUAUCAGAAUGGUCUUGAAAGAACAUCGCAAUCCUUUGGCGAUGUACAUCUUCUCUCAGAAAAAACAAGAAGUUGACAGAAUCAUGACCAUCGUGAAAUCCGGUGGUUGCAUGAUCAAUGAUACUCUUCUUCAUGUUGUGGCUGUCGACGCUCCAUUCGGAGGUAUUCGUGAAUCUGGUCAAGGUAACUAUCACGGCAUUUGGAGUUUCGCCGCCUUCACCCACGAAAGAACGGUAGUCAAGCAGCCUUACUGGAUUGAGUUCGUUAACGGCGUCAGGUAUCCACCUUUCUCGACCAAAAAACUCAGCCUAGCGCGUGCUUCAAUCGAAAAUAAGCCGGGUUUCAAAAGAGAUGGUUCAAAGAUCUGGCCAGUUGGAAAAAUUAUGUUCUUCUCUUUCUUGACUGUUUUCGCUGCUGGCGCAUUGAAUUAUGUGCCCCUAAGGUAA